UGCGAACAUCCAGUGGGUUCAAGCAGCACGAUGCUGUCGCUCAACUCGUACGGGCUAGCCAAGGCGUCCAACCAGCACCUGACGCUGCCCCGCCUAAAUCCCCCCGCCAUCCGCUCCUCCAACACCCUCUCGGUGGGGAAACUCGCUCAAGAACGACGAGACGUGCACCCAUGGUACCGCACCACUUCGGGCUUUGAGUACGGUCGUCACGUCGACUUUCAAGACAUUGGACUGAACGUGAGUCCUGUGAACCCCCACGCCAAGCACAUGGACUUUACCCACGGGUUUCUGCAAGGCCCGUACACAGACUCUAGCCUUGGGUCGCUCGACAUGAAAAAGAAGCGCCUCGUGCUAAGCGACAAGUUGCGUGCCGAGCAUAAGAUUCGCAUGCAAGCCAAGUUUGACGAGAAACAACUGCAACUCAACUUUAAGCGCGAAGUGCGGCGAGAAUUGCGAGACAAACGGCGCUUGGAGCUCACCGAGAAAACCCACGCGAGUAGUGUGAUUCAACGGCACGUUCGCGGCAUGUUGGCGCGGACGCAUGUCGCGGCGGCUCACAGCGCCCUCGCGCACGUCAGCGCCGUCCGGAUUCAGUCGUUUUGUCGAUCCAAAAUGCGCAUAUACCACGCUAAAUUGGCGCUCCAGCGAAUCAAGGAUGACCUCGCAGUCGACGCGGCGUGUGUGAUUCAGCGCAAGAUUCGAGACCAUUUGGCGAAACGAAAUGCACGGGCCGAGCUGCAGCGGCGGCGGGAGCAGCGCUCCAGUCGUCGCCAGCAGAUCCAGAAGGAACUGAUGGACGCCAGGCGCCGAGCCUCCGUGGCCAUCCAGCGAAUUGGACGAGGGUUAAUCGUUCGCCAGCGCAUGCGACGUCGGCGGCUUGUGGCGGACACGGGGGUGCCUAAUCCAUUCAGUUCCAAGCGAAAGCAGCCACCAUUGCAAACUGCCCAAGUGCAGUCCAAGCAACAGUUCAAACAAGCAGCAGCAGCAGCUCCGUCCCCCGCCAAACCACCGGGAAAGAAAAAAGCAUCGGCGGUUCCCGCGCCAGCACUGCGGCGGUUGUCGUCUGUCGACAGCUCCCUCAACGACGCAUAACAUAUGCAACGAUGAUAAAUCAUUUUCGAGCUUUGGCGAGCUUUUGAGUAUACGUCGACAUGUACUACGCGGUACAUAUCAAACCAAAUUCCG